AUGUCUGCAUCCGAGCCGGUCCUGAUGGGCCGCAAACGUGCCUUGCCCGCCUGCCCGAACCCGUUAUUCCUCAAGUGGCUGACGGAACUCCGGGACGAGGCCAGAGAGAAAGGCCUGAAGAUCCAGUACACUUACCAGAAGGCUAUCAAGUCUCUCAAUAAAUAUCCUCUUCCGCUUCGUGAUGCUAGAGAGGCUAAAAUCCUGCAGAACUUUGGAGACGGCAUUUGCAAGCUCCUGGAUUCCAAGCUGCAGCAACACUACAGAGAAUGCGGUUACGAAGCGCCCCCUCCUGGUGGCUCAGAAGACAAGAGCCCAGAUGCCAGCAGGAAGAACAACAUUCAGGAACCAAAAAUAGGAAAAGGAAUGGCGAAGAAAAGGAAGAAGGAGUACGCGCCUCAGAAAGGAUCCGCCGGUUACGCAGUUUUGCUCACACUUUACAGACACUCACAGAUAGCAGGAAGUAAAGGUUUUAUGUACAAGAGGGAGCUGCAGGAACAAGCGCAGCAUCUCUGCGAAAAAUCCUUCACUGUGCCCGAGCUCGGGAGCAAGUACGCCGCCUGGUCGGCCGUGGCCACCCUGGUGAAGAGGAACCUGCUGAUCAAGACCCAUAAUCCCGCACGCUACUCUCUGACUGAUGAAGGCGUGUCUCUCGCACGGCGUCUGGAUUCAGCGGAGCCUCUAGAGGAAGAGGAAGAGGGAGUUGUCGACCUCACCGUUAGCGAUGAUGACGAGCAAUGCGAGGAACCAGAAAAUUUACCGCUGGGGUGUGAUGCACCGAGUGAAGGGCGCCUUCUCGCCGGGACCUUCGACAUCAUCCUUUGCGUGGAUGUGAUUGAGACAACAGGUGGCAGCACCCGCUGCAAACAAGAGCUGGUCCGAGCGCUGCAGAAAAGCCGCGUCAACUUCGACGUCAGGAAGCUCAACGUCGGCGACUUCCUGUGGGUGGCGCGGGAGAAGGAGUCCGCGUCAGGCGGAAUCCGAGCAAGAGAACUUGUGCUCGAUUACGUCGUGGAAAGGAAACGGAUGGACGACCUGUGCGGCAGCAUCAUCGACGGACGCUUUAGGGAACAGAAGUUUCGCCUAAAACGGUGCGGCCUGCGCCGGCCCAUCUACCUGGUGGAAGGUAAAUCGGCGUCCCGACUGAGCAUCCCGGAAGCGACCCUGCAGCAGGCCGUCGUCAACACGCAGGUGGUAGACGGCUUCUUCGUGAAGCGAGUGCAGGACGUGCGGGAGUCGGCGGCUUACCUCGCCAACAUGACCAAAUACCUCUCCAAAAUGUACCAAAAUUGCACGCUGGUGCGGCACUCUCGAGAGCUGCACGGCGACCGCCGUGACGACGACGUCGCACCUUUCCGCUCACUCUUAUCUUUCGCGGAGUUCAACGAAGGCGCCGUGAAGAACAAGAGUCAGACGGCCCGCGAAGCCUUCGCCAGACAGUUGAUGCAAGUUAGCGGCUUGUCGGCCGACAAAGCGGCAGCUGUCCUGGAGAGAUUCAGUACACCUCACAGCCUACUACUGGCGUACGACGAGUGUCAAUGUGAAGCCGGGAAGGAAAAAAUGCUGUCCACCAUUCGAUAUGGGAGGCUCAAAAGGAAUCUGGGUCCAGCUUUGAGCCUAACUCUAUACCAGCUGUACUGCACCGAAGGAGCGCUUCGCUAG